UUUUUUCGCUCGGCACGACUGGUGUGAGAAUUGUGACACCCUGCAUCACCUCUGCUCUCUCUGCGCAGAGAGUUAAGCAGAGACGUGUGUGAGUGUGGCGCAGGAGAGAUGGGCAGCAGGUUUUGUGGAGUGUUCAGAGGGAUCCUGUCAGUUCAGUUCAUCUAUGGGUUGUUUGGCGACUGUGUGUCACGGAUCAAAACAUGCGUUCCUUUUGGACUAGGAGCAACAUGGGGACACAGGGGAAUUUCAGACCAAAAUAUGGUAUUUUACGUCUUGGCAACUAGAGUACCCUACUGGAGACUACCUACUGUAUGGGAACGAUGUCCAAAGUGAAUGAAAGGACAAUAACUAAAUGAGAGCACUACCUCAAAAUAUCAUCUCUCCCCCUUUAUCCUGGAGCAGAAUUACUUAUCAAAGGCUAUUGAAACAGUAAAUCAAUUUUCAAAUGGCUGAACUUGAAGUAUGCAAACAUCUCAGUUUUGAGAAGGUGGAGCGAUGUAUGAGUGCCAUGCAGUCGGGGACCCAGAUGGUGAAGUUGAAGGCUGGUUCCAAGGGGCUGGUGAGACUGUUCUACCUGGACGAACAUCGCUCCUGUAUCCGAUGGAGACCCUCACGCAAGAGCGAGAAGGCCAAGAUCACUAUUGAUUCGCUGUACAAGGUGACGGAGGGCCGUCAAUCAGACAUCUUCCACCGCCAUGCGGAGAACAGUUUCGACCCAGCCUGCUGUUUCACCGUUUAUCAUGGCAACCACAUGGAGUCCCUAGACCUGGUGACCUCUAACCCUGAGGAGGCUCGGACCUGGGUGACAGGACUACGAUACCUGAUGGCUGGCAUCAGUGACGAGGACUCACUGGCCAAACGACAACGUACACACGACCAAUGGAUGAAGCAGACGUUUGAGGAGGCUGAUAAGAACGGGGAUGGUCUGUUGAACAUGGAGGAGAUCUACCAGCUACUGCACAAGAUGAACGUCAACCUUCCCCGCAGGAAAGUCAAACACAUGUUCCAGGAAGCGGACUCGGAUGACCAACAGGGCACGUUGACAUUUGAGGAGUUCAGUGUGUUUUAUAAGAUGAUGUCACUGCGGCGGGACCUGUAUCUGCUGCUCAUGGGAUACAGCGACAGGAAGGACCACCUGACUGCUGACGAGCUGGCCAACUUCCUGCUCAACGAACAGAAGAUGAUGAAUGUGACUACAGAAUACUGUCUGGAUGUCAUCGAAAAGUUUGAGCUGUCUGAAGAGAACAAACAGAAAGGCAUUCUGGGAAUUGAGGGUUUCACCAGUUUCAUGCGCAGCCCCACGUGUGAUGUGUUUAACCCUGAACACCAUGAGGUGAACCAGGACAUGGAUCAGCCUCUGAGUAGCUACUACGUCUCCUCGUCUCAUAACACCUACCUGACGGGAGACCAGCUGCUGUCUCAUUCCAAGACAGACAUGUACGCCUGGGUACUACAGGCUGGCUGCCGCUGUGUGGAGGUGGACUGUUGGGAUGGUCCUGAUGGAGAGCCCAUGGUCCAGCAUGGUUACACUCUGACCUCCAAGAUCACCUUCAAGUCUGUCAUAGAGACCAUCGACAAAUACGCCUUCAUCAACAACCAGUACCCAGUGAUACUGUCCAUAGAGAACCAUUGUAGCAUCCAACAACAGAAGAAGAUAGCCCAGCACCUCAGAGAGAUCCUGGGAGACAAGCUGGACCUGGGAGAGGCUCUCCGCAGAGACUCUAUACAGCUACCCAGCCCCCACUGUCUACAGGGGAAGAUACUCAUCAAGGGGAAGCGUCUCCCUCCCUACCUGUCAGUGGAUGUUGAGGAGGGGGAGGUAUCAGAUGAUGACGACAGUGCUGAUGAGAUUGACGACAACUUUAAACUGAAGAACAGCAAUAGCAAUGGUAACCACCAAGUGGAAAGUUACAUCAGGAAGAAGCUGGACUCUCUGUUGAAGGAGUCUCAGAUUGGAGACAAGGAGGACACAGACAGCUCUAGCAUCAGAGCCCUGCUCAGAGCCACACACGUGGGCCUGCAGAAGAACCUACCGAAUCCCAAAGAGGGACUUAAAAAAUCCCAAAGUCGAUCAUUCAUCAGCAACAUCAAGCAAAAGAGACACUCAAAAUCCAGGCUGAAGUCCCAGAGUACGGAUGGAGAGGAGGACGGACAGGAGACCUCUGGGAGAGAGGCAGGAGGACAGAUCACCAGGGGAGGGAGGAAGAGGAAGACGAUGAAGCUGAGUAGAGAUCUGUCAGACCUGGUUGUUUUCACUAACUCUGUGGCCUCUCAGGAGGGACUGGACGACAUCUCUCUGUCUCUCUCUCUCUCUCCCUAUUCUCCUUCUCUCACUUCCAUACCCUCUCUCUUUUUCAUCUAUCUAUCUCCUUUUUCACUCACUGCUCAGCCCUUUCCUCUCCUCAUUUCCUCUCUCAUCCCUCUCUCCUCUCGUCUGUCAGGUACUCCGGGGAAUGUUCUGUCAUUCAGUGAGACUCGUGCCCAGCAGCUAGUGAACCACAGAGCUGAGCGCUUCCUAUGUUUCAACCAGCGACAGCUGUCUAGAAUCUACCCCUCAGCCUACCGGAUAGACUCGUCCAACUUCAAUCCUCAGCUCUACUGGAAUGUGGGCUGUCAGCUGGUGGCUCUGAACUACCAGACAGAGGGCCGGAUGAUGCAGCUGAACAGAGCCAAGUUCAUGGUGAACGGUGGCUGUGGUUACGUCCUCAAACCUCCACCCAUGUGUAAAGGCUCGUUUAACCCUUUCAGUGACGACCCCCUCCCUGCCUACCCCAAGAAACAGCUGGUGCUGAAGAUCAUCAGUGGACAGCAGCUUCCCAAACCACCAGACUCUAUGCUGGGGGACCGAGGAGAGAUCAUUGAUCCGUUUGUAGAGGUGGAGAUCAUCGGCCUGCCAGUGGACUGCUGCAAGGAGCAGACUCGAGUAGUGGACGACAACGGUUUUAACCCUGUGUGGGAGGAGAACCUGUCCUUUACCAUCCACAUGGCGGAGGUGGCUCUGGUGCGUUUCCUCGUCUGGGACCACGACCCCAUCGGACGGGACUUUGUGGGCCAGAGGACAGUGGCCUUCAGUAGCCUGAUGCCAGGUUAUAGACAUGUGUACUUGGAGGGGUUGACUGAGGCGUCAAUCUUUAUCCACGUAUCAGUUCAUGACAUCUAUGGGAAGUGGAGUCCACUAGUCCUGAACCCCAGCUUUACCAUAAUGCACUUUCUAGGAGCCAACAAGGGUCGUCAGCUGCGAGGCAUCAGAGGCUUGUUCAACAGGCCCUCUAAGUCGUCAGUAGACACCAGCUGUGGUUCGGCCCUCAGGAAACGCUCCAUCAGUGACCACCUCCUCCGACGCACCGCCAGCGCCCCUGCCAACCGACGCAAGAAAACCAAGAUGAAGCUCGCUGAGUCCUCCACCUCCAUAUCAGACCGCAAGGCCUCCAUAUCGGACCGCAAGGCCUCUAUAUCAGACGGCAAGGACAGAGUGUGGGCCGGGGCAGGGGCAGAGGGGGAGGGGUCCCGGAACAGGGAAAGGGACAUGGAUGGGGUAAUGGUGGAGAGACGCCCAACACCCCUCACCCACAGGCCCAUCUCCAUGCCCCUGGAGAGACUACUGCAGGGACAGCUCUCCCUCUGCUCCCCCAACGAGGAGCAGACUGACCUGGGUGCAGACACACUCAUCGGAACGUCCCCCUUCAACCAGCCCAGGUCUCACUCUGUGGAACUCAUCGUCGAAUCAUCCGUCUCCCUUGAGCACAAAGUGUCCACCCCUUCCACCAAUCACAACAUCGCACAGGAUAACACCACAGAGUCUGACCAAUCCGAUGAGACCUCCUACCUGGCCAUUGGCCAAGGAGGAGGAACUGUAGAUGGUGACUCCAAAGACCAAUCACAGGACAGAGUCAACCCACCCAGCAAAGCUGAGGAUGUUUCUUCUCGCCAAAGGAUGUUGUGUGACCUCAGCAGCUCAACAGAGACAGAGAGCAACUGUUUACACGUACCUACUGAGAGCAGACCAGAGACAACAUUACUUAGUACAACAAACACACCAGCAACUUCCUCCUCUCCUUCAUCCUCUUCCUCUGAGCCCUCCAUCUCACUACUGAAUGUGGACCGGUCCGAUCUGCAGAGCCCCGUUCCCCUACAGGACAGCAUCAUCUCACAACUCAUUGACGCCGUAUCCCUUGGCAACGACACCACCUACGGGUCUAUUUCCGCUCUGAUUAGUCAGUUUGACCUCACCGGCGACCAGAAUGAUUUCACAAUGAACUCUGACCCCCACGCCCUCAGUGUCAUGUCCUGUCUGUCCCAUCCUGCUGUCUGGGACUCCAGCACACCCUAUAAGGUCACCAUAGACUAUACCACCCGAUAUAAAGACCCACAGACCACCACCUCCCCCCACAAGGCAAUGAACGGACCUAUCACUCCUCGAAAGGCAAGCCAGACCCCUAUCCACACAAACCAGAACCUACUCCCACCCCACCCCAAGACCUCCCAUUCAGACCCCCCUGCCCCACUUCUCUUCUCCAGUCCUGAGACCACAGAGCUGGAAGAGGUCUAUACCAUCCUGGAUGAGGAGGUCUUGUCUCCAGUCUCUGUCUACAACCUGAGGAAGCAGACCAUCGGCAACAUCCAGGCUGACUCUGAGGAGAGCACACCCAUGGGAAGCCUGGAGCCUUCCCCAGCCAAGGUGCUGCCUCUCCUGGGGGUAGAAGGCAACGGCAGCUGGGUGGGCUCAUGGAAGGGUGUGGUGGAGGAGACAGGAGAGGGCUACGGGGGUGACUGUGAUCCUAAAGGGUUGGGGUCAGUGGGAGAGUGGGGGUUGUCGUGGGGUUACGGGUGCCCGUCCAACAACAGCACAGUGUCUGACCAAUUCCUGUUGUGCCAUGACACGGAAGGAAGUAGUCUGAUGGAGGUGGAAAUUAACGUGGACGAGGAUCCACUGGAGAUGACCCUGACAAUGCCGGGACACAACCAUACCUGGGUCGCUACCAGCCCAACCAAAAGCUACGCUGCUCCCCAAAGCCAGCUUACCCAACUAUACCCCUAUCCCUGGCAUGCACCCCAACUCCAGCUCUCCCAGUGUCCUUCACCCCUCAAACAGCCCUCCCACCAGCCCUCCCCUCGCCAAGCCCCAUCAAUAACCCCUCAAACUCAGCCCUCCCCCUGCAAAGGGCCCCCCAGCCCCCUCCUCCUGAACAGCCACUCCUCCACCCAUUGCAGACACAUUACCAGAGCCCUCACCCAGCAGCACAGUUACAGUGGUCCCACCCAGUCCCAGACCAGGGGCUACCAGGGUGGGACAGGGGAAGGACAGGGUCAGGGAGAAGCGUCAGCCUGCUUCCAGAAUGUGCUCUCCUCCUCAGAGUGUCUGUCUGUUGUGUCUGGUCCAAGGUCUGUUAGCCUCCCCAGAGACAGAGGCCUGCACUCCCCCAGCUCAGACUGUAGUGUGGACUACAGCCAGCAAGACUACGACUGCUUCAGACCCUCCACUGCCUCGGCCUCCCACUACACCCAGCCCCAACCCCAGCCCCAAUCACACACCCAGCCCCUUCCCCAGGCCCAACCCCAACCCAAAUCAGAUACCCAGCUCCAAACCCAACCCCAAUCAUAUACCCAGCUCCAACGCCUGACCCAAACCCAACCCCAAUCAGACACCCAGCCCAAGCCACAAACCCAGCUCCAACCCCAAUCUGGUCACCCAUCACUGCCCCUUUUGGGCUCCACCCUCACCCCUCCUCUACCUAUCCUCAGACCAUCCACAGUCCCCAGCCCCUGCAAGUCCAAGUCUCUGAGUGACCUGACAUCAGAGGACAUCUCCUGCAACUUCCACAGCAAGUACAACGUUAUCAGCCGCAGCUUUAUCACCCCCUGUAUGAAGGAGCGGAGGAGAAUGAGGGGCCUGGGGGGUCUGUCCCAGCGGCUGCAGUCUGCAGACCCCCUCACUAAGCAGUUACGCAAACUAGUCACCCUAGAGGGGGAUGACAGAGACCGGGACAGACAGAUACCCCCCAAACCCUUCAUACCCCCAUCAGGCUCCUGCCCCUCCUCAAACUUUGUCCCUGACACCCAGGAGGACUCCCCGCCCCUCCUCUCUCGCCGUCUCUCCUCUCGGAGCCAGAGCCGUGUGCGUCACAUCAACAAUCGCGCUCGAGAGAGGCAGCGGGAGGCUCUGAAGCCCCAGGACAUGAGCGCCCCCUCCAGCGCGGGAGGGGUAGUGCUGCGUGCUAAAGUAGCAGCAGGUCAGAACCCCCCAGCUAACAGACACUCCACAGGCUCCUACAUAGCGGGCUACCUGGAACAGCUGGAGGACAGGGGGCUGCCUGAGGGGGGGUGCACCACACUGGGGUAUGGAUUUGGAGAUCACUAUGGUGAUCCUUAUCAUGAUGACUCUCUGCUGCCCACAGACUCCUGUAUACAAUCAGAACCGGAGGUCUACUUCCUGCUCAGACUCUGAACCCACUUCCUGGAUAUCACCUACAUAGAAUGAUGUAUAAUGUACUUCCAAAAUGCAGCAAAUCAGCUUCCUGCUUAGGACCGAGGAAAAAAACAUAUAUCCUGGUUGGGCUGUCCAAUAAUACUUUCAGAUAUAAAGUCAACUACCUGAUUGGGUCUGACAGUCUUGUCUGUAAAUGUAAAUAUGUUUUUUGUUCUUCUUCUUCAUGUCCUGAUCAGAAUGUUCUUUAAAUGUAGUUUGGAACAGACUGUUAUUAAACUACUUCCAUCUUUGAUUGUACCCAUUUCCUGUCCUGUCUGUUCCUGUAAUUCUACUUCCUGUUCAAGCUAACGCCAUCUACUAUAAAGCAGAAAAUAAGGAAACUUUACAAAUUUGUUUAACUCUGAAGGGAAGUGUUGUCUUGGUCUUUGUACAUUUUAAAUGUGUAUUAGUAUUAUCAGAGCACAGACAUCAAUGCAAUGUCUAUUCCACGUUAGUUCAACAUUGAAAUGACGUGGAGACAAUGUUGAUUCAACCAGUGUUUGCCCAGUGGGGGACCACUUUUAAGGGAUGGGAUCUGUUUCAUCAGAGAUCUUCCUCAAGCGUUCCUUCUCCUCUGACUGUCCUCUGUGUGCUGGUGUUGUUGGUACAUAUUCUACUGUAGAUUAGUUUUUAAUUUUAGGUGUUGUCAUUUAGUUGUGCUGUUUUCUGCAUGUUAAAUGUCCAGCGUGACUAUGCAUCGAUCUGUAGACAUCACAGUGCACUACUAUCUUUUCACAGAAUAGGUAAUAGUGGGAUUGGAUGAAAUACUCGGACUUCUUGCUUGCUCUGACUUCUCACUUUCUAAGAUUUUAAACAUUAUCACAUAUUUGUAACUUUUUGAGUUUAAAUGCUUGAAUUUUUUUUACAAUUAAUUUAAUACAGACGUGUAAGGGUUUUUCGACUGGACCAAGUUGCAUGUUUUUAUUCUUCUUUUCAGUGUUAAACCCAUCCUUUGUUCUUUGUAUGGUCACUCGGAACAUUACUGUGAUCAUUUCCCUACUGAUGUAAUAAAAUUCAUAAAAAAUUUGA